AGGGGCCCCGCACAGCAGGUGAGACUCUCCCACCCCAUCUCCUAGGGCUGCCCGGGUGCUGGACUCCCCCCUCAGACCUUCGGUCCCUCCGCCCGCUCCCUGGCCUUCCUGCCCCUCCUGCAUCUUCAGCCCUCGGCCUGGGCCUUGGUGGGUUUGGUUUUGGUUUGUUCUCUCUGAUUCUUUAUCUGUCAGGCUCUUUCUAGCUCUCACACACUCUGAUCCCUCUCUGUUCCCUUCCCAUCUCUGUUUCUCUCUGGGUCUCCCCCUGCUCACCUCGGGAUUUCCCUGAGUGCCUCUGGUCCCCUUCUCUGUCUGGCGCCCCGUCUCUUGUCUCUCGGGGUGGCUGUCUCCGAGGGCAGGAGGCCCUUCUUCCGCAGGGUGCCCCGCCCCGCUCACUGUCUCUCUCCCCCCACAGGUUUUCCCCAUGACACCACCUGGACGCCUCUACCUCCGGAGGGUGUGCAGCACCCCCAUCCUCCUCCUCCUGGGGCUGCUGCUGGCCCUGCCGCCCGAGGCCCAGGGGCUCCCUGGCGUCGGCCUCCCACCCUCAGCUGCACAGCCUGCCCAUCAGCACCCCCCAAAGCACUUGGCCAGAGGCACCCUCAAACCUGCCGCUCACCUCGUUGGAGACCCCAGCACCCCGGACUCACUGCGCUGGAGAGCGAACACGGAUCGUGCCUUCCUCCGCCAUGGCUUCUUGCUGAGCAACAACUCCCUGCUGGUCCCCACCAGUGGCCUCUACUUUGUCUACUCCCAGGUCGUCUUCUCCGGGGAAGGCUGCUUCCCCAAGGCCACCCCCACCCCUCUCUACCUGGCCCACGAGGUCCAGCUCUUCUCCUCCCAGUACCCCUUCCACGUGCCGCUCCUCAGCGCUCAGAAGUCCGUGUGCCCCGGGCCACAGGGACCUUGGGUGCGCUCUGUGUACCAGGGGGCUGUGUUCCUGCUCACCCAGGGAGAUCAGCUGUCCACACACACAGACGGCACCCCCCACCUGCUCCUCAGCCCCAGUAGCGUCUUCUUUGGAGCCUUCGCUCUAUAGAAGAAUCCAGAAAGAAAAAAAUUGGUUUCAAGGCCUUCUCCCCUUUUCACCUCCCUUAUGACCACUUCGGAGGUCACCGCGCCUCUCCUCUGACAAUUUCCAACAGUCUCAUCUUCCCCCACGCUCAGCACCUGGAGCUUCUGUAGAAGGAAUUCUAGGCACCUCGGGGGAACUGGAACCACCCCGGAUGCUCUGCUGAGGAUCUGAAUGCCCGCCUGGAGCCCUUCCCCUGUCCUGCCCGUCUAGGGGGCCUCGUCCAGGACGUGGAAGGGAAGCUGACCCAUGAGGGACUUUGAACGGAUGACCGGAGGCGGUGUGGGGGGGUUAUUUAUGAAGGGGAAAAUUAAAUUAUUUAUUUAUGGAGGAUGGAGAGAAGGGAAUCACAGAGGGAUGUCAGAAGAGUGUGACACAUGUGCCCAAGAGAUAAAGUGACAGAAGGCAUGGGCUCCAGAUGACCCGGCCAGAGAGGGCAAAGUGGCUCAGGAAGGGGCUGCUUGACUGGAGGCUCAUGAGGAGACGGCUGACCCUCGAUGAAACCC